GUUCAGUGAAACCUAGUACGUAUUAAUAAUACGUUACAUUUUUCCCCAUAUAAUCGCGUAAUCAGUGGUUCGAAGCGUUCGUCAUAUCUUUUUCUCAACACUCUGGACACUCUCUCUUUGCCCGUUGCAGAAGUCUUACGUGGUUUUUGAGCUGGAGCACUAGAACGUCACGUAUAAAAACCGUAUUUUUAGUGCAAGGUCUUGCGCGAUUUUGUGAAAUUUUAUUUUCUGGUAUUCGCUCAGUGAGAGAACAAACAAUGCAGCGUAGGAGAAUCUUGGGAAAGCGUCUGUUUGGUGAAUUUGCAUCCACCACUAGUGGAUUCAGCCAUAAGAGAAGCCGUUCGGACCAGGAAGUGCCUGCUUUGGAGGACAACGGAUCGUCAUCGUCUUCGUCUUCCAGUUCGAGCGGAAGUGGUAGCAGUAGCAGCUCUAGCAAUGGCGGUGGAUCGCCUCGACGGCCAAACAAAGAAAUUCUUGCCAAAGUGCCUCGUUAUGGAACCCCUGUCGAGAGGACCAGAGUACGUAAGGCCGGACCGUACGUGAUAGGUCACGAGCUGGGAACGAGUCCGGGAGUGCCUCAGACGCAGUACUUAGCUAGGAAGGAAAACUCAAACGAGUUCUACCUGUUGAAGAUUUUAAGCUACGAUGUUGAAACCGAAAUGGUUAACAAGGAGACGCAGCAAGGAAAAACGCUGCUGCACACAGAAUAUACGCUACUUUCUUUGCUAACCGAUCUUGAUGGAGUCAUUCAUCAUCAUGGAUUGUUUUGCGACUACGCACUGGAGGAAAAGCAAAUCAAGAGCGCCGACGGUGCAGCACAGUGGAUCUAUACCGGACGUGUGAAGCGCCGCCUGAUCCUGGUGCUGGACUGUCUCCACGCGCACGAAUUCUGUCAACGUUCAGCCGCCUAUGUGAAUCUUCAAAAGUAUGUGCAGCUGCACAAGUUCUCCGAAACCGAAGCCCUGACUGUGUUCUUCGAGAUCGUUAAAGUGGUCGAACAGUUGCAUCAGCGCAAUAUCAUCCAUCGGGAUCUGAAGCUGAACAAUAUAGUACUCAACCGUCGUACUAACAAGGUCGUCAUAACGAAUUUCUUUCUGGCGAAGCAUCUCAAUAAUGAGGAAGACAACUUGUACGAUCAACGGGGUAGUCCGGCGUACAUUUCCCCGGACGUCCUGGCAGGAAAGCCAUACAAGGGUAAACCCUCGGAUGUGUGGGCAUUGGGAGUCAUCCUGUACACCAUCGUUUUCGGAAAGUUCCCCUUCCUCGAUACCACCCCCUCGGCAUUGUUCAAGAAGAUUCGACAAGCGGAUUACACUAUUCCUCUCGAUUCGCGGACUUGCAGUUCACAAACAAUCCAACUCAUUCGUUCCAUGCUCACGCUGAAUCCCACUGAACGUUUCACUGCCACCGAGGUACGCAUGGACGUCGAACGAGCGAUUGGCAAUCUUCGAGGACCGCGCAUCGAAAUCGACCAGAUCGUUCCGGAAUUGGAGGAAUUCGAUCAUCCGGAUACGGUCGAUAGCAAACCGGGACCCGAAGACACCAACGCAAACGGUAAACCAACCUAUCCCAGUCACGAAUUGUCGAAGGAAUCGUUCUCGCACAUUCUAGAGUCUGGCCUACAUCGAAGGGAGAACGAGAGCUUCCUGAGACCACGAUCAUUGGUCAGUCGAUCCAAUUCGUUGAGGAACAAUUCGCCGACAGUUCGAAACUAUGUACCUCUUGGGAAUCGCGUCGCCAUGUUUGCGAACAACAUUCCACGGAACACGAAUUCCGCCGGCAGAAGCCGACCCACCGCAGAAGCCAAUCCGAACGAGGCAUUCGCCAUUCGAACUCCGCACAGCAGACCGGAAGUCAUUCAAGUCCGUUUGUCGCCGAUGAACACUGCUCUCGCCAACGGAGUUACGCAAAACACCAACCAACAAUCACCUCAGCUACAACCACAGAUCUCAUCUCUAUCAUCCCAGCAGCAAUCGUCCUCGGUGUUUGUCCACGUAGACGCCCAAACGCUGAGUCAAGUGAUGAACUUGCAAACAUCCAAUGGGCUUCCGAUUCCGGUUCAGCUGCCGAGCAUUGCAACUCCGGCCACACCCGCCGUAGCAACGCCUACGUUUCAAAACCCUGCCAUUCAAAGCUUGUACUCGGCUAUGAACGACAUGUUUGCCAGGGGACGUAUGCCACCGCCAAGCCGGGAAGAGUCUCCUGAUUUCCAGGGCAUCGUCACGAAUGAAAUGGCCAACAGGAUCGUGGCCUGGCUGUUGAUCAAUUUCCGUAAUCACUCGAUUAUUCGGGAAAUUUUCGGCAGUACUUCGGGCAACAAGGUCAACAACGUGCUGGAACUGUUGCGACGCUUCGGAGUGCAGUUGGAAUCGCGGGGAGGACAUAUUGUGAUACGGAAGGAGCAAACCAUCGAUAUUUUGCUGUUCAUUACGUACUUGCUGCAGGUAGCCGGGCUGAACAAUAACUACUUUCUCAACAGUCAUCGAUCCUAACGAUUCGCCGUACGUUUGUUGGUUUGGGACGCCGUGAGCGGAUAUUGAUGUUUGUGGAUUAUUGCUGAGUUGGGCUA